AUGUACUACGCAGUUGGAGUAGACACACUGAGAAGAUCCAACAAGAACUCGCACCCUUUGAACCAUUAUGAUCAGGUCGCUCGUCCUCUGCCAGACACUUACAUCUGGUAUCGUUGUGGGCAGGGCGGUCACCACAUCAGGGACUGUCCCACCAAACAGGAUGAAAGUUUCAGGCCUGUGAAGAGGAUCAAGAGGAGCUCAGGGAUCCCUCGAUCCUUCUUGGUCAAAGUGGAUGAUCCCACCCAUGGUGCCAUGGUGACCGCCACAGGGGAAUUCACCAUUCCCGCCAUCCAUGCUGAGGCGUACAGAUGGGAGGAGGGGCCUCUGUUCCUUCCACAGGUCCCGCCCACCUCAGUGAAGGAGGAGCUGAUACCUGAGCUCCUCGGCUGUGAGCUGCUGCGUGAGGCAACGAUCGUGCCGUGCUGUGGAAGGACCUUCUGUAACCAGUGUAACUCCAGACUGUCUUUGAUCAUCCUGGAGCUGAUCAAUGGUCACUGCAUACUGGGUCAACAGAACCAUGGACCAUGUGAUGCUGUAGUUCUGCACCUCAACAGACUGUCCUGUUGCUCGCACUGAUCCAGAUUAAAAUUCUUCACUACACUGCUUCAGCAGAUAUUUGGUAAAGACCUCCAGCGUCCACAUUCUGUCUGCCUGGACAAUCCUUAAAGUGAUGUGAAAAUCUGCCAUUUUGCUUUUAACAACACACAAGUGAGAUGAUUAUUGUCUGUGUUCACAGUGCAAGAGGAGUCAAUCAGAUAAUCUCUAAAGUUUUCACAUAUAACCUGCUUAAGAGUGAGGAAUUCUUAUUUCCCAGAAUGAAAAUGGUUUUACCAAGAACACAGAGUGACACUUUUUAUAUUUUCAGUGAGCUGCUGAAAAAAACAGGCAUGAUCUAUGUUACAUGAGUGAACUGUAAACUUCUGUUUAAAAAAAAGUUAAUGUUUCAGAUGCUCUAGAAAGUCGGCUUAUAGGAUUUUUUUUUUCCUGCAAAUUUUCAGUGUUUAUUAAAAGUGCCUUGUGGGUCCAGGACCGUGUUGUGUUUGCUGACCUUUCUU